GUGCCGUCCGUACUUACUUACUCAUUGCCCAUGUGCCAACCUUAAACUAAAAGUAUCUUUCCACGCCUUCCACGCCUCAAAAAUCUCCUGGAAUCAAUAACCACGGAUACCGUCACUUAGAGAGGAUCUGGCCUCUUCCAUCCAUACAACCAUCAACCCGUCUAUCAGAAUGAUCUCCAGGUAGCCUUUGUGUCGAAUAUUUAUUAUUGUUUCCCUUCCAUCCUCGAUGCCUUGCUCGGCUACACGCCACGCGUGAUCGACCGACGAUCCUGACCGUCCCACGCCGCAAAGCUAUCGAGACCCUUGGUCUUUUCAUUACUCGCCCGGUAACAGGAACGGACCUUUUCUUCGUAUCGCGACAUCGCCUAGGUCAAUGCUCAAGAUGGUUCGUCGGCGCAGUCGCCUCGUCCUCAUCAUGGCGGCCGUCAUGGUCGUCAUGAUGUACCGCGGCAUGCUCAGUUCUCACUGGGAUCACUACUCCUACACUUCCGGCCUUAGAUCCGGUGCUUCUCCCGACGCCCAUCACGAGCACGAACAUCAUCACCAUGAGAAUGAAGACAACCAUGCGCCAGCUGUACCCGAGCGAAACCCAGUCAUCACCCCGAGACCGGAGCCUCAUCGUCACGACGAACACGACACGAUACAUGCGAAGAACCCACCUGACCGCUUGCCCGACGGCGGCGGCGGCGGCAUUCCCAAGUCCGCCUCCGUAGUCCACUGGCGCAAGCAGCCCGAACACUUCCCCGUUCCCACCGAGUCCAUCAUCCCCCUGCCCACCGACCCGCCAAGACAGUUCCCCAAGAUUCAGCAUACUUUCGAUCCCGAAUCACCUGCCGCCAAGGAGAAGCGGGAAAAGCGCCUGGCCGCGGUGAAGGCCGAAACGGAGAGGGCCUGGGCCGGCUACCGCCAGUACGCAUGGAUGCACGACGAGCUGACCCCUCUCACCAAGCGGUUCCGCGAUCCCUUCUGCGGCUGGGCCGCCACCCUGGUCGAUUCUCUUGACACCUUGUGGAUCAUGGGCCUGAAGGACGAGUUCGACGAGGCUGCCAAGGCCGUUGGGGACAUCGACUUCACCUACACUCCCCAACGCAGGGACAUCCCCGUCUUCGAGACCACCAUCCGCUACCUCGGCGGGCUCCUCGCCGCCUACGAUGUCAGCGGCGGACGCCAAGGCAACCAUCCCGUGCUGCUCACAAAGGCCGUCGAACUCGCCGAGAUCCUCAUGGGCGCCUUCGACACCCCCAACCGCAUGCCCAUUCUCUACUACAACUGGAUGCCCGACUAUGCCUCCCAGCCUCACCGCGCAGAGACCGCCAGCAUCGCCGAGCUGGCUAGUCUCUCCAUGGAGUUCACGCGCCUCGCUCAGCUGACCUCCGAGAACAAGUACUACGACGCCGUCGCCCGCAUCACCAACGCCCUCCAGGAUUUGCAAGACCGCGGGACCACCAUCCCCGGCCUCUUCCCCGAGAAGCUCGACCUUUCUGGCUGUAAUCGGACCGCCACGGCCGAGCGGGCUAGGACCCUGGAGCUCAGUGGGGAGGCACGCCUACAGUCGGACGCGCAGUCCGACGACCGCAAACCCCCCGAGGGAUAUAAGCAGCAACUCGCCAAGAAGGACCUUCCCCUCCCAGGCCAGCCGCCCGCUUCGUCGGAGAACAGCGCACCUUACAGCGUUGACGGCGACGAGACGGCAUCCUGGAAGUGCGUCGAGCAAGGUAUCGAGCCCGAAGGCUAUGGCUACCACCAGUACAGCCUGGGCGGCAGCCAGGAUUCGGCGUACGAGUACUUCCCCAAACAAGACCUGAUCUUAGGCGGACUAGAACCGAAGUACAGGGAUCUGUACAUCAACACGGUCGAGGCCGCCAAGAAGUGGCUGCUGUAUCGGCCCAUGGCCCGUGACGGCAGGGACGUGCGGUUCACCGGCAAGGUGACGACCUCGCCCGAGGGUAGGCCGCCGCAGCACGCCUACGAGGCGACGCAUCUGGCUUGCUUCGUCGGCGGCAUGUUCGGGCUCGGCGGCAAGAUGUACGAGCGGCCCGACGACGUCGAGAUGGCACGCAAACUGGCCGACGGCUGUGUCUGGGCCUACGAAUCCACCGCGUCCGGCCUCAUGCCCGAGAUUGCCACCCUCGUGCCCUGCGAGUCGAUGGAGAGCUGUGCGUUCAACGAGACGUUGUGGUGGGAUCGCCUCGACUCCAUGGCCGCCACGCGAAACCGGAACAUUGUGGAUUGGGAGGAGAGGCAGAGGAAGAAGAAGGAGGAACAGAAACGGCGGGAAGAGGAAGAGAAUGAGAAUGAGAAAGAGGCGCUGCAACUGCAGGAAGCGGAAGCGGGGAGGAGAAGUGCAGAUGCCUCUCUGCAGGGCGCUGCUGCGGCCCAGGUGCCGAUCCCCAGAGUUCCGGAGCGUCCCGACCCAAAGCCGGCAUCGCACGAGGAGUACGUGCACGAUAAGAUCGAGGCCGAAGGCAUCCCGCCCGGCUUUGCGUCUAUCAAUGACAGGCGCUAUAUUCUAAGACCCGAAGCCAUCGAGUCAGUCUGGUACAUGUACCGCAUCACGGGCGAUCCUGUCUGGCAGGAAAAAGGCUGGCGCAUGUUCCAGGCCGUGCUCAAGGCGACGCGCACCGAGACCGGCCACAGCGCGGUGGACGGGGUGCUCGACCCGGUGCCCCGGAAGGUCGACAACAUGGAGAGCUUUUGGCUCGCCGAGACGCUCAAGUACUAUUAUCUGCUAUACACUACCCCCGACGUCAUCAGCCUGGACGAAUGGGUGCUCAACACGGAGGCGCAUCCUUUCCGCAGGCCGUCAUAGGAAGGAAACAUGACCAACGGAACAUGAUGCAGGGCGAUCGAUUCAUGAAGACGUGAUGGAUGGAUUGGUGUCGAGAUAUACCCAUUUCUUCGGCAUCUCAGAUCUUAAGGAUAGAGUUCCAGCGGGAACGAGGCAAUGUGCGGCAAUUUAUCGCUUCGGUGUGGGAAGAAGCCAUAUGCAUGGGCGAGCCUUGGAAUCCGAAGCGAAGCAUGGAGGACAAACUCAUUUCAAGUACUUCAAGCAAUAUUCAGCUGGUAGGCGUUUAGGAGCACUAGGAGGCCAUGGCAUUUAUUCCGUUGAUCUUAUUAUCACCGAGCUAUUUAGUAAAAGGCGUUUCUCAAGACAAUUUCUUGUAUAGCGUAGGUAGGUGGUAGGUAUCUAUCUCUCUAGCACAGACAUGCAGGCAUCGCAAUUGUCGACCGUGAAACAUUUCCACAUGCUAUACAGAUUUG